AUGACAACCAAACCCAGCUGGCAGCGAGCGAAUCUUUGCGACAGCCUUCAUUCAUCUCUCAACGUUGUACCAAACACAGUCCUCAUCAUGUCUCCACGAAACCUGAAUGUGCUGAUCACUAGCUUUGCUGGUUUGGGACUACCACCGACUCUUGUCCUUCCGCUGUCUCCAUCAACAACAGUUACAGAAUUGCGCGAACGCCUGAAUGUCCGACUACCAACAACCCAGUCAAGACUCAUCCUUACCACUCUUUCGAACAAGCAACUCCCGACCGCAUCAGACUCGCCCAUCUCCGAAUAUCUUUCCACAACUGAUGAUGAGUUCCUUUCCUUACGACUCGCGGUGCCCCUAUGCGGUGGCAAGGGUGGUUUUGGAUCACAGCUGAGAGCCGCGGGUGGUCGCAUGUCCUCGCGCAAGAAGAAGAGCCAAGAGGAUCAUGGAUCCAGUCGAAAUUUGGAUGGUCGACGCUUGCGCACAGUCAACGAAGCCAAGGCUCUGGCAGAAUACUUGUCUAUCAAGCCUGAGAUGGAGAAAAAGGAGAAAGAGAAACGCCGUGAGCGUUGGGAGCAGAUCGUCCAAGCCUCCGAACAAAAGGAGGCCGAGAUCAAGUCAGGCAGUAAAAGCCGACUGGAUGGCCAGUGGGUUGAGGAUAAGGAAGAGAGUAGUGAAAGGACUCGAGAGGCUGUUUUGGCGGCUAUGAAGGCCGGCAACUAUAGAGACAAUUUGCUCGGCACUUCUAAUGGUUCCAACUCUACACAGCCAAGCAACGAGCAGUCUGGUUCAGACGAUGAGAAGGGAGCAUCCGAGGAAUCAACGCCACCACCGGUUGAAGAGUCCAAAACCGACAAGGGCAAAGCAAGAACAUUCUUCGGCUUUGACGAAGAUGAUGAAUUUAUGAGCUCAGAUGAAGAGGAUGGGGAAUGA